UUCGUUACAGGAGCGGGACAGACCUCAGAACAAGGUGCUUUUUGCUCGCGACGUGCUGGCGGACCUCAUGGGCGUGAAGGGCUCGGAAGAAGAACCGCUCGACGGGGCACUUGACAACUACGAGGUCACGGAGUCUUCAAUCCAAGCCGUCUAUACGGCGAAGAUCGGCGCGAGCCAAGAGAGGCUUGCGAAGGUGCGCGGCGACUAUGGAAUAAGACAGAAGGCUGCGCUGGACAAGCUGACGCCGAACCUGAAGCGGAACCUGGUCAAGAAGGUCAUCUCCAUCGGGCUGGGCCUCGACUUUCUUUUGAGCAAGACGAGCAAUAACAAGUUCGUAGGGCCGCACGUCUUCCAACCGGCCCUCUGGAAGGAGUUGCAUGAUCAGUAUGGGAAUACGCCGAGCAGCUCAGAGGCGGACGUCGCACUCAUUGUGAAUCCGACCGUUGAUACUAGCUAG